AUGAAGCCUCAAUUGCUAAUAGGAUUAUCAAUACAAAAAGAAGAAUGCAAAAGACACCUUGGGUCUGAAGAAAGUUUUCUAGUUGUUGAUAUUGAUCAAUCCUUUGCUAAUGAUGUCCAUCUUGCAGGUGACAACAGCACAAAAUGUGAUUUAAGUGAAGGAACUUCCUACACAAAACUAGAUAAUUUCGUAAUUUCUUUACGAAUUUAUGUUGCACAAAAUAAAAUGACUUCAACAAAAACUUUUUACUUCAAUGAUGACAAAAAUAAUGAACAAUUAGAAGUUAUAAUAAAACAAUUAUAUCAUCCAUCUUAUGGUUGUUAUGUAUGGCCUUCUUCAUUUGUAUUGGCAGAAUAUAUUUGGAAUAAAAGAAAUUUAUUUAAAGAUAAAACUAUUCUGGAAUUAGGUUCAGGGACUUCAUUACCAGGUUACUUGUGUGCUUUAUUAUCAUCCGAAUCAUUGAUAAUACUAACGGAUGAUGGUAGAUCUAAUAAAUCAAAAAUUUUACAAAAUAUUUCUGAUGGAUUAAUAUUAAAUGAUCUAUCACCUUGCUUUCGUUAUUCUUCUCCAACCAUAAUGAGAGAAAAAACUCGAUUGAUUUCACAUAAGGCUAAUAAUAAUAAUGUUUGGAUAAGAGAUUUAAUUUGGGGUGAAUUUUGCAGUAGUGGUGAUGAUGGUGAUGAUUAUUUGAAUGAAUUAGGUGGAAAAGAUGGUGGCCUAUUAAAUAUAUUAAACGACUUGGAGACUUGUAACAAAAAAAUAGAUUGGAUAUUAGGAAGUGAUACAUUUUAUGAUCCAAAAGAUAAAUGGAACUUGGAAGCAAAAUUAAUUCCACUUAAAUCAUUUGACUUUAAUUUUGAAAAAUACACCGUUGAUAUUCCAAUGGAAACUGUAGUAGAAGAUGAAAUAGGAGAAAAAGACCAUAUUAGGUCAUUGCAAAGUAUAUUUUUAAUUGAAAUCAAUAAUAAAAAACAGUCAAAAAACAAUUAA